UGAGCUAUGCUACAUAAGUGGCGCAUCUCUGUUCUUUUGCGAUAGGUCGAUGCUCUCGAAUGCUCAUGUUGAUUCCUGUUUCUGCUAUUGCAGCUCAAGAUUUUGACCCUUUUUGGCUGAUUGAGUCUGUUUAGGGUGAGAAUUUGAGCCAAUGUUUGCGUUUGAGGCAAUUUUCAUUAAAAAAUAGAUUAAUAUUUGCCUAUUUAUUGUAAGAAAUAGCUAUCAUUUGUUCUUGACGUCAUUUGAUUAGCUAGGACUUCUUGUCACAGAUAUGUCAUUUGUGCCCUGCUGAACAGGAAAAAUCAAAGGAAGGCAAUCAUGAAGAGUUGUGAAAAUUACACUGGUUUUGUUUUUGGUGAAUAAACUUGUUCCGGACAUUUCCGGCACGCUCGAAUAAGGUGCCAGGGGUGCAAAAUCUGUAUUUCAAGGCAAGGCAAGGUUUUCGGAUUUCUUUGGAUUCAUUUGAUGUAAUACUAGACAAGUCAGGUGUAUUGGCCAAUGCGAACUGAAACUUAAAUUCACUUUUCUCGCGGCCAUUGGCAGCAUCUGUUGAGAAAUCAGAAUCAGAAUAACCUCAGACGGCAGCCAUGGAGCCUACUGACUGGUCGCAGCGGCUGCGUAAGAGGACGCAGCGGCCGACGGAGCCGGCCGGCCGGGCGGACGCGACGCCGGGCCCGGCCAAACGGCGCCGCACCAGCGCCGAGCGCCGCCGCCGGGAACGCCACGCGCAGCCGCAGCAGCAGCAGCAGGUGGCGCCGUCAGAGCCCGUGGUGACGCCGCACAUCAACGCACUGCCGGAGGAGGUGCUGCUCUACCUGCUGUCCCACCUGAACGUGCCCGAGCGUGUUCGAGUCAGGGCAGUGUGCCGUCGCUGGCGGGAGCUGUGCCAGCUCAGUCUCCGCUCGGUACGACACAUCAACCUGAACCGCUACUUCGGGCCGCUGAACGUGCAGUGCCGGCCGGCGCUGACCGACCAGCGCUUCAAGCUGGUGCUGCAGCUGCUGCCCAACCUGCAGAAGCUGGAACUGGGACCUGCCGGCGCGAGGCUCUCCAGGAAUGGAAUACUCAGCAUCGGGAAGCUGUGCCCACGCCUUAUCGACCUGGACAUCAGCUGCCUGAGGAUGUCGUUCCGGUUUUUGGAGAACCUCUGCCGCAACUGUCCCCGUCUGCAGCGCAUCAACGUACCGCAGUUCAACUUCAAGGAGCAGAACCUCGAGGUGCUUCUCAAGUACCUGGGCGAGCUGCGUACCCUGGAGUUGGUCUCCACGGGCGUCACGGGCGACUGCUUCAGCCUGCUGCCGGCCUCGGUGCGCAAGGUGACGCUGCGCUCCUGCCCGCGCAUCCGCGAGCACAACUUCUGCCUGGUGGGCGACCGGUGUCCGCAGCUGGAGGAGCUCUGCCUCAGCAAGACGCGCGUCACCUCGCACGACAUCAAACACAUCGCCACCAGGUGUCCCCAGCUGCGGCACCUGGACAUCACCGGCUGUAACCUGGUGCACCCGGAGGAGUUCCUCGAGCUGCUGCCCAACCUCACCUCGCUAUCGGCCGGCGCGUGCGCCAACGUCAACAAGAACUCGCUGCGCGCCCUGGCCACCUUCUGCACCAAACUGGAGCGACUCAACCUCAGAGGCGGGGCGUCGUACCGCAGCGUGCCCUCCUACGGUCUGCAGCUGCUGCACCGACUGCCGCAGCUGCACUGGCUCGACCUCAGCUAUCAGAGCGAGGUCUCGGACGACGUCCUGCGCAGCCUGGCGCGCGCGCCGCGCCUGGCCACCGUGCUACUGCGAGAGAACUACAGCAGCUAUAGCGCCCGUUCGCCAUUCACCGAGAAGGGACUCAUUGAACUGGCCGUCUCGUGCCGCUCGCUCACCUCACUGGACGUCAGUCACGUGCAGGGCGUCACGCGCCACCUGUACGACUCGCUGGUGAGCGCCCUGCCGGCCACCCGCCGACUCUCGCUGGUUGUCGGCAACACGGACCUGGAGGGUCUGGUCGGCACCGACCAGGCCGCCGCCGGCACCGUGGUGCUCUGCCAGGGCAGCCCCGCGGCGCUCGACUACCCGCACGUGAUGCGUGACGACCCUUGGAGUGACGACUCGGAGUCCGAGGGACCCGACGAGGAGCGCUUUGCCGAUGUGUUCAUCGACUGGCUGUGGCUGAAUAACGCGCUGUGGGCCGUCUGAGGGGCCGGAGACGGCGCGCGCUGAAGGACUCCUGUGGCGGCCUCUGGGUCAGCGCGGAGGAACCCCACAGAGGCCGCCAGGGCUCAGCGGCUCGGCUCUGUGGUAUCCAGCGAUGUAGCGGCGCGGGCCAGCAGUGCGCCGCGAGUGAGUGAGUCGGCAGGGACUAUAUAUACGGACACAGACACGCGAGAGGACGGCUCACGGCUACCGUGGUAUCCCACACGGGUGGACAGUCGCGUCAGGGCGCCGCCCGCUCACAGGGCAGGCCCGCCCUAGUGCGGAGACGAGCCGUCCUAUGAGACCGGCGGCAGGCGCGCCCCGGCCACCACCAACCGCCACAGUGGGUAGGUGUGGCGGUCAGUCCUGUGACGGUAAGACCUACCCCGCCUCCGGGGUGAUCUGUGGAUGCGCUAUGUUCCGAACACGCGGGGCGUGUGAGAGUUUGUUUUCUCGUUGGUGUGCGUUUGUGAAACGCUCUCCGCGCUUCACACGCGAUUUUAUCUGUGGCUGGUCGGGAGCGCUCAUUGGUGUGAUGCAUUUACGUUCGUCAUAAUGUGCCGGAGUGCGCAUAGGCUUUCCUUUUUGUGUGCGUGUGGGCACGUGUAUAUAGGUGCGGGAGUUUGUUCUGUUGACGGUCAAUCCAGAUAGUCUUUGUCUAUUAUAAUCGCGCUGGCUGGCGGCUGUGUGUCCCCCGGCGCGGUGAAUUGUGUGCGUUGCGCUGUGGCGCCGUGAUUGGACAGUCGGGCGCUCUGUCUGACGCGGGACGCGCCGCCAGUGGCCGGGCCGGGCAGCUGGUGAUGAGUGCUCGGCGUGUGUGUGAUCAGAGAGUUAGCUCAGCGACAGGCGUCCCCCGCCCAGGAGCGGAACGGCCUCCCUCGGCCGGCACGUAUCGCUGUAUGAAAUAUCAGAGCGGCGCAUUUAUGACCAGUCUUUGUGCUUACAGUGAGGUCUCCCACCGCCACGCUCGCAUAUUAAGACUUCAAAAGAGCAUCUGUUGAGUUGUUUUAUGACAUUUUGUUACGUAAAAUAAAGUUUCUGCAGUUCCUC